AUGGGCAGCGCCCCCCCGGCCAAUGAGAGGGAGGCGCUCUUCCUCCAGGUGAAGGGGCGGGCCAACCUGUGGACUCAGCGCCGAGUGCAGCAGCAGCACCACAUCGACGUCCGGACGAUCGAGGAGCUGUUUGGUCAGAAGGAAUGUCACUCAAAGGCCACGCCCACAGGGGGAGGGACUACUGGGAGCUCCUUCAGGGAGGCCAAAGAAGAGGUCUCCAUACUGGACUCUAGGCGAGGGAUGAACAUCGGGAUCUUCCUCAAACAGUUCAGGAGGGUGUUGUGGGUGAAGAAGCUGAAGUCGUACCGCGGCGACAUCUCUAAGCUCUCAUUGGCCGAUUCCUUCGUGCACCUGCUGCUUCAGCUCCCCAGUUACUGCGUCCGCAUCGAGGCCAUGCUGCUGAAGGAGGAGUUCCCCGCGGCGAGUGAGGUCAUCAGUCGGGACAUCGGCAUCCUGCGCUCCGCCACCAAAGAGCUGAUGUGCUGCGAGGAGCUCCACGCCGUCCUCCACCUGGUGCUGCAGGCCGGGAACCUCCUGAACGCCGGAGGCUAUGCAGGAAACGCAGUGGGCUUCAAGCUGUCUUCCCUUCUGUCUCUGGCCGACACGAAGGCCAACAAACCCGGCAUGAACCUGCUGCACUUUGUCGCUCUGGAAGCCCAGAAGAAAGACACGAAGCUCCUGGAGUUCCCUCUGAAGUUGACUCACGUCCAGCCGGCUUCCAGGGUCUCCUUGGAGACGCUGGACGCCGAGCUGCAGUGGCAGACGUCCCGCGCGCGCUCAGUGGAGGAGAACGUGCGCCGAGAAGCGGAGCUGCUGCAGCGGCUGGGCGGCUUCCUGCAGUCGGCCUCCUCCUCCCUGAGCUCGCUGCACGCCGCCCGGCAGCAGCUGAAGGAAGAAGGCAGCGAGCUGAUCGACUUCUUCUGUGAAGACCGAGAGACCUUCAAGCUGGACGACUGCUUCAGCAUCUUCAGCCGCUUCUGCUGCAGGUUCACCGCCGCCGCCAAGGAGAACGCAGAGCGGGAGGCCAUGGAGGCGGCCCGUCGCCGGCGGCAACAUGAGCUGGAGGAGCAGAAGAGGCACUCGUGGGCCGGCAGUGAGGAGGUGGGCGGAGCCGCCAGGCUGCGGUGCCGCAGCGAGGCGGACGUGUCGGCCGCCAUGUCGGCGCUCCUCUCCCCGAAGUUCGGCCCGCGAUCAGCCUUCAGGAGCUCCCAGAAUCCUCGGGGGAGCUGGCGGCGCUCCCGGGUCGCGCCGGAGGUCGCGGCGGAGCGCGAGCUGAGCUCGCUGCUCGGGUCGGCGGCCGACGACGCGAGGAGGCGUUCCUGCCGGGGCUCCGCUCUCUCGGGUCACAACGUGCAGCUUCUCGGGCAGCCUUCGGAGACCCACGCAACCGCCUCUACUUCAGCGACGCCGCUUCUACGGUCGCACGCCGCAAACGCACAGGCGGAGAAAAGGCGGAGUCGGCGCUGGUUUGAGCUCGACUUCGGCAGAGCGACGAGGCGGUCAGGACUUCGGCGAACACCUGUCGGUGUUCUGGAGACGUGCAGCUGGUGCCGCCACGGAGGCGCUCGGCGAGGCGCGGGCGCCCAGAGAAGACAUCUGCUGAGAGCCAGGAGAAAAAAGAGGCUCGGGGAAAGCGGUGUUUGGGCUGUCAAGCCCCGGCAGGUGCCCGGCCUCCUCGCCAAUCGACGCGUCGAGCUCGCGCCGGCCAAUGACAAGCCAGCGCCUGAACCCAUCAGCAGCCAGCCGGUGCCCGUCCCCCGCCCGGGCAACCCGUCCCGCCCCGCCUCCUCCCCGAUGUGGCGUCCGCCGCCUCUCAGCGCUUCCUCCUCCAAACGAGAGGCAGAAUCAGCAAAUCCGUCCAGAUCGUCCGCCAGGAGCCUCCCGACCCCCAGAACUCGCCCCGCCGGGACGAAGGACGCCGUCGCCCCCGGCAACAAGAACCCGCCUGUCCGCAUCCUCACCGUCACCGAGUCGCAGAGCAUGAGGCGCGUGGUGUCCAUCUCCAGGACCAGCAGGCUCCCCGGGGAGCCCUCGGGGCGCCAGCGGGCCUUGACGCGGCCCUCGGCCCCCGACCCCAGCGGGAACGCGGCGGCGUCCCGCCCCCCCAGGCACCGGGCGGACCAGGAGGUCCCGACAGCUCGAGAGCAGAAGCAGGAGGCCCAGAGGAGGCCGUCCAUCAGAAAGCCCUCAGCGAGGCCCCGACCACAGCCGGAGGAGAAGUUGUGUCGCUCCACGCUGCGCUCGCUCUCCGGAGGAGUCGGAGGAGUCGGAGGAGUCGGAGGACAACUGCUGCUUCCUAGUUUUGCCAGAAGCACCGCCUCCUCUUCUUUCAGACGAACCAACACCACGCUCACUCCUCCUCCUCCUCCUCCUCGUUCACCCCACACCGGCUCCUCCACUAAAUCCUCCCCCAAGAACUCCUCCUCCUCCUCCUCCUCCUCAACGCCUUUCACCCGUGCCGGCUCACUGAGAGUCUCUAACCCCCUCAAACCCCCUUCCUCCCCCUCCUCCUCCUCCUCCACCUCGCGGAGGUCCAACAGUAUCAGUGCGCCUCCUCGGUCGCCGCUCCACGACCCGCUGCCGCCCCCUAAAGGCCACCGGCGGAGCGACAGCAGCGCCUUCUCCGACAGGUCCUCCUCCCACCCGAGGGACUCAGGCAAGUCCUCCCGGCCGGGCUGGAGAUAA